AUGGUGGAUUAUUCAAAGUGGGACAAACUAGAGAUUUCAGAUGAUUCAGAUAUCGAAGUGCAUCCAAACGUCGAUAAGACCUCCUUCAUCAGAUGGAAACAGAGAGACAUACAUGAGAAACGGAUGGAGCGGGAGCACCAAAUCAAGGGGUUGAAAGUGCAGAAGGAGAUGUACACGCAAUUGAACAAAAGGGUUGAUUUCUUGCUGGCGGCACUUGGUGACAAUGACUUGAGUGUGGAGGGAACUCGGAACUCGAUGCUCAACUCUAAAUUCGACAAGGACGAAAGAUGUACGUUGGAAUCCAACAACGAAGAUUCUCCUCCAUACAAUCAAAUGGUGGAGGACUUGUUUACACAAAUCAUUGAGGAUUUGAAGAAAGAAGAGGGGGAAAUUGAGGGUUCUAAAAUAAGAAGCAAAGUUUUGGAACAUCGGGCUAAAAUCAAUGGGGUUUUAGAACAGAUCGACCCAAAGAUUGAAGAAUUCGAAAAGGAGAAACAUGCUCAUAUAACCAGUGAAGAUAUUCAUGAUGGAUGGAAUUCGUCCUUUAUCAAUAAGAAGAAGAAAGAGGAAGAAGCGGAAAGGGAGAAAUCUGAAUCUUCUCCAUCAACUAAUUCUUCAAAGACAACGAUAAUCGAGACAUUAAAUACUUUAGCUUCAAAACCAACUAAGAAGCCUUCAAAACCAAUUUCUCAAUUAGGCGAGCUUGAACUUUUGAAGGAAACAGAAACGUUCUUAACAUUACCAUCCCUUAAAGCGCAAGGCCAGUUCAUUUUAGAACAUCCUUUCAUUGCAUGUACUCAUCAAAAGGAUGCCGUUCUCUUGAAAGCAUUUGAUUUGGAGUUGAAUGAUAAGAGAAAGGAAGCCAUUGAAUUAAUUAAGAAAGGCAUUUUGUUACAGUUUUGUGCAGAUUUACUCGAAAAUCCGCCAUAUCCAAUGCCGGAAGAUACUAGAAUCACUUAUGUGAAACAGUUACUCUCACAAAUGGAAAACGAUGAGUCUCCCGGUAAAGUUGCCUAUGAUGAGGAAUGUAAACGUAUGAUUGACCAUGUGAAGACACGUUGUAAGAUUAUUCGGAAGGAGCAAGAGGCUGAACAAGAGGGUGGAGAGAAUUCCGAAGAGUUAGUAGAGCAGAUCCAAUUGAGAAGCGUGGAUCCAAACUCGAAAUUGAUAGUGACGAUCCCUGAGGAAGGUACCAAGGAGUAUGAGAUUUACAAGCAGUUACCAGAGAAAAUGAGAGAUGCCUUGGCCACCGGUAGCUUGGAUGAAGUCAAUAGAGUUUUUGCCAGUAUUCCAGUUGAUGAUGCCGAGGCCAUGCUAGAAAAAUUCAAUGAAUCAGGUGUCAUUGGAGUACAGGCGCUUUUAGACAAUGAGAGUCAGUUUCAGGAACUAGUUGAAAAUGAAAAGAAAUUUGAAGAAAUGAAGAAAGCUGCAGAAUCUAUCGACUUGAACGACCAAGUCCACCAGGACGAAUGA